AUGAAAUCGUCAAGUAGUUGUUCGGGAAUAUCGUUCAAAUCGCAAUCAUUAUACUUGAUAGUCUACGUUACUCGAUACCUCGACCUGUUCUGGAAUUUUACCGGCUCCCCUUACAACACCAUUUUUAAAAUCCUAUUCAUCUCUUCUUCUGCGUAUACUAUUUAUUUGAUGCUCAAUGAAUUUAAGCCGACCCACGACCCAAAUAUCGAUACAUUCAAAGUCGUAUAUCUUCUCGGCGCCAGCGCUGCUCUAGGGGUCCUAUUCCCGUACAAGUACACCGCCUCGGAGAUUCUCUGGGCGUUCUCAAUCUGGCUGGAGUCGGUCGCCAUCUUACCUCAGCUGUUUAUGCUUCAGCGCACUGGUGAAGCUGAAACAAUAACCACCCACUACCUCUUCGCGCUGGGCGCGUAUCGUGCCUUGUAUAUUCCUAACUGGAUCUACCGAUACUUUGCCGAUGGGUACCUAGAUCCCAUUGCUGUUGUUGCCGGCAUCAUUCAGACUAUCCUAUACGCGGACUUCUUCUGGAUCUAUUUCAACAAGGUUCUCAAGGGCAAGAAAUUCUCGCUGCCAGUAUAA